UGGGGACUGGCUAGGCGCCUGGACGAGGCAGCGCAGAUGGUGUCGAACCAAGACAGCAUGGCCAGCAGCCGGAGCUCGAUGGCGAGCUACUCGAUGGCCGCCUCCGCGCGAACGCCGAGCUUCUCCGACCUCAACCCGUUCGCGCACCACGGCCGGCGCGAGUCGUCGCGCUGGCAGCCGGUACCGGGCCUCGUGCACUCGAAGGAGACGCUGGCCUUUCGUCAAGCCGUUGGCGAGAUUCUCGAGGCGGUGCACGGCCGCGUCUCGCCCGAGACGCUCGAGAUCCGCGCCAACACGCCGGAAUACCGCCUCGAGAAGGACGAUUGGCUGGCCCACGCCAACACCAAGAUGAACAUCACGCCGACGCUCAAGACCGUCGCGCGGCUCCCGAUGGGUCUCCUUAUCUUGGACCCGAACACGUCGGUGCUGCCCGACACGAUGGGCGUGACGAUGGCAGGGUACCUCGAGAAGCGCGGCGAGACCAACACGGCGCUCCAGCGGCGCUACUUUGUGCUCGAGAACCGCGUCUUGACGUACCACAAGCGCGACCUCUUCGGUCGCGAGAAGCCGAAAGGCAGCAUCAAGCUCGACAAUGUCUCGUCCGUGCGGCCCGGCUCGACGGCGCAGACGAACCGCAUGAUCGAGCUCGUCACAACCGAGCGCACGUGGUACUUGCAGGCCGAGACCGACGGCGAGUACGACGAGUGGGUCCGCGCGCUCUGCACGUCGGUUAACUUUCUCUCGGUCGACGGCUACUACCGGCGCAUGCUGCAGCUCGCCGAGGUGAGCGUCUCGGGCCCGAACGAGGUGCGCAUGGUGACGUUGGCCAACUACACGGUCGGCGAGACGGUCGAGCACAUCUUCGAGUGCUACAACAACAUGCUGGACGCGGCGCCACUGCAUCCGCACGACCCGAAAGAGUACGUGCUCAAGAUCACGGGGUUCCGCGACUAUAUGAUCGACCGCAACCAAGAAGUCGGCAACUACCAGCACGUGCGCGAGUGUCUCCUCACAAAAAAGACACUCUGUCUUACGCUGGUCCACCAGAGCAAGAUCAAGGAGGCGCUGCUCAAGCGCGUCGACUUGCGUCCGAUCGACCUGCUCUCGCGGCCCCAUCGAUCGACGCGGCCCAACUACACGACGCUCGGCGGCGAUUGGACCGACGCCAACAACCAAACCGAUGACGCCAGCAGCGUCGGCAAGAGCUGUCAUUACCGCGAGCCGCUCCGGUUCUGCAUCAACCGCGUGCUCAACGUUCCGACGUACACGACGCACUUGGCGCGCACGGCGCACGAGAUGGGGGUCGAGCAGCGCCCGCUCUUGUAUUCCAACUGCGUUGUGACCAUCGAGCUCUACAACGCGGGCUCGCGCCUCGAGCUCGUUGGCGAAACCUCCGACAUUCGGCUCAAGGGCCUCCCGCCGCGCGGCAACCCACCGGUGAAGUCGCUCAUCGGGCUCUGGCUCGAGCCCCGCUGGUUCCGCACCAAGAUGAAGAUUUGCGAGAUCCCACGCACGGCGCGGCUCGUCUUGACGGUGUACGGCGUCAGCGUCGGCGCCGGUCGCCCGUCCGCCAGCAACAAUAACAACGUCGAGCGCGAGCGCAUCCUGACGACGGGUAUCAACAUCUUUGACGUCGACGGGCUCAUCGUGCAAGGCGAGCAGUACGUGCAGCUGCUCGAGAACCUGUACCAGUGCCACCGCGGGCCCGUGCCGCACGUCGUCGACCCGGACAUGCCGCUCCUCCACAUGUCGCUGGCCCAAUACCACAGCGAGAUCGAGUUUGACUGGAGCACGGUCAAUGCGAGCGGCGACUUCCCAAGCAGCGCGAGCCAGCAACGGCUCUCGUCGAUCGAGUCGCUGGAAAAAUCCGGCUGGCUCCGCAAAACCGGCAAGAUGCACACGUUCACGUCGUGGCAGCGCCGGUGGUGCGUGCUCAGCCAAGACACCGCGACGCUCUCGUACGGCGAACUCCAGAACGGCCCGGCCAAGCACCACAUCCCGCUGACGAACGCAGCCAUCAUCCUCGCGGACGAGCUCAACGAAAAGAUCACGUCUGUGCUCACGGUCUCGACGCGCCGCGAAGAAGAGACGUACGUCUUCAAGGUCAAGCCCGCCGACACGACGCGUGAGUACAUUUUCAGUGCCAACAGCCGCCAAGAGCGCCAGGCGUGGGUCAGCGCGCUGCGUAUUUUGGCCAACGCCGACGUCUCGGACGACGAGCAGAGCCGCAGCAGCGAUGCGCGCUCGAGCCCGCGCCGAUCGAUCACGUCGCGCAUGACCACGUCCCAGGAAGGCCUCGAGCGCGCGCUGGACGAGCUCCGGACGCUCAUCGACCACGACCCGCUCUACCGGCUCAAUUCGUUCCAGAAGAGCAUCAUGUGGGCGUCACGACGGGACUUUAUGAACUCAUUUGCGUACCUGCCGCGCGUGCUCACGUGCGUCAACUGGUCCAACGCCGACGACAUCAAGGAGAUUGUGAGCCUCCUGUCCGAGUGGGCCGACCCGGCCAACCCCGCGGGCUACAUUGAGCUCCUCGACAUGGAGUUUGCGCACGAAGACGUCCGGCAGUUUGCCGUCGACAAGCUCGCCAAGAUGGCCGACACGACGUUCAGCGUCUUCCUCCCGCAGCUGGUCCAAGCGCUCAAAUUUGAGAACCACCACGUGUCGCCGCUGGCCAAGCAUUUGAUUGAGCGCGCGAUCAAGAACCCAAACCAGAUCGGCUUUGACCUUUUCUGGAGCAUGAAGGUCGAGUCGUACAACGAGCAGUACAAGGAGCGGUACGGCCUCCUCCUCAACACGUACGUGGACGUGUGCUCGACCAAGAUGCGCUCGAUCCUCGAGCUGCAGGACAAGCUCUUCUCGGAGAAGGGCGUGUUUGAGCAGAUUUGCCAAGAAAUCAAGACCCUCCGCACACAAACAAGUCGAUGGACGCGAUGAAGGCGCUCUUGCAUCAGCGCCUCGACGAACUCAACGAGUCGCUCCAGUCGGCGUACCAGCUGCCGAUUGAUCCGCGUGUCGAAGUCCGCCGCAUCGUGGUCAAGAAGUGCAAGAUCAUGUCGUCGGCCAAAUUGCCCCUCUGGCUCGAGUUUGAAAACGCCGAGGAAGGCGGCGACCCGGUCAUCAUCAUCUUCAAGGCCGGCGACGACGUGCGCCAGGACUGCCUCACGCUGCAGCUCAUCCGCUUGAUGGACGAAAUGUGGCGCGACGAAGGCAAGGAUCUCGCCAUGGAGCCGUACAAGUGCGUCUCGACGGGCCCCAUGACCGGUAUCCUCCAAGUCGUCCAACACGCCAUCACAACCGCGGCGAUCCACAAGCGCGGUGGCGGCGUCACGGGCGCCUUCAACGACGCGUCCUUUUACGACUGGAUUCAGGCCAACAACGGCGCGCCUGACUCGCGCAGCUACAAGGCGGCGGUCGAGCUCUUCCAGCGGUCGUGCGCCGGCUACUGCGUUGCGACGUACGUCCUUGGCAUUGGCGAUCGCCACAACGACAACAUCAUGAUGACACAAAAGGGCCGGUACUUUCACAUUGAUUUCGGCCAUUUUCUGGGCUUUUCCAAGUAUCAAUUUGGUAUCAAGCGCGAGACGACGCCGUUCGUGUUUACGCCCGAGAUGGGCUACGUGCUCAGCGGCCCCGGCAAGCCCGACGGCAAGCCGAUCGGGAAGCCGGACUUUGUGACGUUCCAAGCGCUUUGCGGCGAGUCGCUCAACAUUGUGCGAAGGCAUUUGCAUUUGCUGGUCGCGCUCUUGCUGCUCAUGAUUCCGGCCGAGAUGCCCGAGCUGCGUCAGCGCGAGGACAUUAACCACAUCGUGACGGUGCUCGCCGCCGACAAGCGCGACGAGGACGUGGCGAGUAUGUUUGACGCGCUCAUCGUGCAGUCCAUGAAGAGCACGUUCAAGCGUGUCGACAACGCGUUGCACAUUUGGAAACACAAAUAAGACACGUGGCGUGAAUCUAAAUUCUUAGUGCAUGCAACCACC